CAAAAAUCCGCAAACCCUCGCUUCUGUCUCCGACAUGGCGCAUUCGCGAAAGAGUCGCCGAUCUAGCUGGGAACACAAGUUUCGCCGAAGGAAGGACACGCUUCUGUGUCUCUCUCUCUAGGUUUCGACAUCGCGCAUUCGCGAAACAGUCGCCGAGCUAGCUGGGAAGACGGGUUUCGUACUUACCGAAGGAAGGACACGUUUUCCAGUUGCCGAAGCAAGCAAGGACCACGUAAACUCUAGUAGCUGACCUGCUGAAAUCACCGCUCAAAAUGUCUGACGCUCGCUUGCGACCUGAUGAGGCUGCAUCUGAAACUGUGGAGUGGAUCAGUUUCAGCUUUUACUCUGCAGAAGAGGUUAGGAGGAUAAGCUUCAAGGCAAUUACCAAGUCAGAACUCCUUGAUACCAAGGAUUCACCUGUUCCGGAUGGCUUGUAUGACCCGGCAUUGGGUCCGGUCAAGGACCUCGAUACGUGUAAGUCUUGUGGCCAACAAAUUUUACAUUGCCCGGGUCACUAUGGUCAUAUUGAACUUGCAAGACCAAUUUACAAUCCAUUGCUAUUCCGGAGUCUUAAAUAUCUUCUUCAAAUUGCUUGUUUUUAUUGUCAUAACUUUAGGAUGGGUCAUGAGAAGGUUCGCAAAUAUGUUUCCAUCCUGAGCCUUAUCGUUGAAGGCAACGUUACUAAGGCCAAAAAGAUGGCCGCUAACUUUUGGGAUGAGGCAAUUUUUGGGCCUGAAGAUACAAAAAAGCACUCUUACUCACCUCCAGAUGCAAACUAUCUGAAAAGAAGUUGGACCUCCAUUCAACAAGCUGAAGCUGCUUCUGUUCUACAGGAAAUUAUGCGAGAAAAGCCCAAGAAGUGUAACCACUGUAAAAAAAUUAAUCCGAAGCUUGAGAGUCGCACAUUCUGUUGGUUGGAAAUGUCUCAUAGGACUUCUGAGCAUAGAGCCAAUGUUAUUGAAGAUUCUAGCUUAAGAACUACUUCCGGGGGUGAUGGAGAACUAUUGGAUCCUCAAGCCAAUCGAUCCAGACAACUUCCUUAUGAAUUUCUAAAGCAUAUAGCAUCAUCUGAAAGGGUUGAUUUGUCUUCUUCAGAGGUCGAAGUUAUUUUAAAAAACUUAUGGAGGAAGGAAUCAACGUUAUGCAUGCUUAUAUGUGACAUUCAAUGCAGACGUUUAAGGAAUUUUGAGAGGGAAAACGGUUAUGCAAUGUUUUUCUUAAAGGCUCUUCUUGUUCCACCAAACCAGUUUCGUCCUCCUGCACAUUGUGGGCAAGAGUUGUUGGAACAUCCUCAAAAUGUUUUGUUGAGCAGAGUUGUGGAAGCGAACAUCUCCUUGGGCAAUACUGAACAUAGUCACCAAGAUAUCUUGCAAAAGUGGCGGGACCUCCAAAAUAGUGUAAAUUUGUUGUUUGAUAACACAAAGGGAUUUGGUAGAAGUGAUAUAGCCCUAAAUGGCAUCCGCCAGCUGUUGGAUAAGAAAGAAGGCAUACUGCGCCAGAAAAUGAUGGGAAAAAGGGUUAAUUUUGCAUGUCGCUCAGUAAUAUCUCCAGAUCCUUACUUGGCAGUUAAUGAAAUAGGAAUUCCUCCUUAUUUUGCUCUGAGGUUGACAUAUCCCGAGAGAGUAACUCCCUGGAAUGUUAAUAAGCUAAGACAAGCUGUCAUGAAUGGCCCUAAUUUUUAUCCUGGAGCAACACAUUAUAUGGAGAGAGAGAGGUUCUAUACGUUGCAAGCAGGUAUGGACAUGCGAAAUGCAAUUUCAAGGAAAUUACCCACAUCAAGGGCAGUUACUAAGGUGGGAAUGGGCCCAGAAACAAAAUUUGAAGCGAAAUUUGUAUAUCGUCAUUUGCAAGAUGGGGACAUAGUUCUAGUUAAUCGACAGCCGACGCUGCACAAGCCCAGCAUGAUGGCUCAUGUUGUACGGGUAAUGAAUGGAGAAAAAACAAUUCGUAUGCACUAUGCCAAUUGCAGCACUUACAAUGCUGACUUUGACGGAGAUGAAAUGAAUGUUCAUUUUCCUCAAGAUGAGAUUUCACGAGCGGAGUGUGUUCACAUUGUUAAUGCCAAUAAGCAGUAUAUUGUUCCAACCAGCGGGAAUCCCAUAAGAAGUCUCAUACAGGAUCAUAUUGUAAGCGCUGUGCUCCUAACAAAGAUGGACACAUUUCUAACUCGUGAAGAGUACAGUCAGCUUUUAUAUGUUUCCUGUGUACCACCCCCAUCUUAUAGUUCUCAGGCUAUUAAUUUUGGCCAAAAGAUUUCUGCUGUAGUUGUCGCUGAUGAUAUUCAGCCCCUUCCUCCUGCUAUAUGGAAGCCGAAACUGUUGUGGACAGGAAAACAGGUCAUUACGGCAAUUCUACAUCAUCUGAUAAAGGGUCGUGAACCACUUACUGUUCAGAAAGAGGGAAGGAUUCCCAAGGAGUAUUUUGGAAAAGAUGCUAUUGAAAGGAAAUUGUUUGUUUACAACAAUGAGCUUGUGCAUGGGAUUAUUGACAAAGCUCAAUUUGGAAAAUGCGGUUUAGUUCAUACUAUCCAUGAACUUUAUGGUGCAGACAUUGCUGGGCAAUUACUUGCAGUGUUCAGUCGCUUAUUCACCUUCUUUCUGCAAAUGCAUGGUUUUACAUGUGGAGUGGAUGAUCUUUUGGUUUUCGAAAAAUCGGAUAAGAAGAGGAAAAGAAUACUGGAAAACAGCGAAUGUCUCAGUGAAGAUGUUCAUUCUCGGUUUACAAAAGCUACAACAAAUGAUUUGAAAGAUCCAUUGAAGUUGCUGAAAGAAACUGAGAAAGUUGUCAGGAGAAACGGAGAAUCUGCAGUAACAAGGCUAGAUAGGAUGAUGUCAAAUUCUCUGAAUGCUCUUACUUCCGAAGUUAAUAGCGUGUUAUUCCCUGGUGGCUUGCAGAAACCAUUUCCUACUAACUGCUUGUCUCUGAUGACUUCAACUGGAGCGAAAGGUGGCCUGGUUAAUAUGACACAAAUUUCAUCAUUGUUAGGCCAGCAAGAACUAGAAGGAAAGCGUGUUCCACGUAUGGCUUCUGGGAAAACAUUGCCGUGCUUUCCUCCAUGGGAUAUUUCAUCUCGAGCUGGAGGUUUUAUUAGUGAUCGGUUUUUAACUGGUUUGCGCCCUCAAGAGUAUUACUUCCAUUGCAUGGCAGGUCGUGAAGGAUUGGUGGAUACAGCUGUCAAAACGUCCCGCAGUGGAUAUCUCCAGCGAUGCUUGGUGAAGAACCUUGAAUGUUUAACAGUUAGUUAUGAUCAUACAGUACGUGAUGCAGACGGGUCCAUCGUUCAAUUUACAUAUGGUGAAGAUGGAGUUGACGUCCAAAAGAGUAGUUUCCUUGAUGAAUUUGAAAUGCUUAUGAUGAAUCAAAAAGUUGUUCUUGGAAAGAUGAGUGGUCAACUUGAAUACGCUCAUUUAUCAAAGUCAAAUGGUUACUUGAAAGAAUUAUCCCAUGAACUCAAGGAAAAAGCUGUGCACUUUUUUAGUCGAAUAUCUAAAAAUCCAACUGGCUAUUUUAAGCAGGCUAAGAGGAAGGACCUGAUGAAGUUAGUGAAACUGAAGUACCUAUCAAGCCUUGUUGAACCUGGUGAAGCAGUUGGUGUGCUUGCUGCUCAAUCAGUCGGGGAGCCUUCAACACAGAUGACGCUCAACACUUUUCAUCUUGCUGGACGUGGAGAAUUAAAUGUUACACUUGGUAUACCUCGUUUGACUGAAAUACUGAUGCAUGCAAAGGUGGACAUCAAAACUCCUGUCAUGACCUGUCCUUUGCUUGACUUUCGAUCCAGGGAGGAUGCUGAAUUCAUUGCUGCGAAACUAGGGAGAAUCAGCUUAGCAGAUGUUAUAGAGAGUAUAAAGGUCUCCACCGUGCCAUUCUUUAUUAUUGGAAAACAGGUGUACUCCCUAUACAAGUUAAUAAUAAAACUUUACUCUCCCGAGCUUUAUCCUCCACAUUCGGGUAUUACUUUGUCAGAUUGCAUGGAGACCUUAACAAAAUUUUUUAUUAAAGAGAUAGAGGAAGAUAUAACAAAGCACUUGGUCUUGUCAUCUAAGAUUAAGAACAUCAGGACUAGCACAUUCAAGAAGGAUGUUGAAUUGGAUGAUGUAGACUUAGAUGAACCCGUAAGUCAGGUAACAGCGGUGAAUCAAAAUGAUGUUGACAAAAAUGUUGACAGUGUUCAUGAUGCUGAUGAUGAUGCUAGCAAUGAUGGUGAUGUCGAUGAUGAUGAUAUUGUGGAUGCAGAGGACUUGGGUGCAGAUGCUGAGAAGAUUAAGAGGCAGACCAAUGAUGAAAUUGAAUAUGAUGAUAAUGUUGAAAAUGAAAUUUCUGCUUUAAAUGAAGAAUAUGAUGGCACACAAUUUGGAUCUGCAAUUGAAUCUGAUAUCGAUGGCGAUAAAGAAGAUUAUGCAUUAGGAGCUCAAGAAGUAACGCAAGUCACUUCUACAUUCGAAUCAACACCUGCCGGAAAGAGAGUAAUGAGAUCGGAAGUCAAAGGGAAGGCUGUUAUAAGAAAUUGUGGCAUUUUGACUGACAGAGUACUUCUUGCAGAAUCCAAAGGAUUAGAAUUUGAAGUCCAUUUCAAGUUUAGUCAAGAUGAACCUCAUGUUUUACUAGGGGAGAUUGCUCAGAAGACAGCGAAGCGCAUAUAUGUGAAGGCAUGCAAGAACAUUGAACUGUGUUCGGUGGUGGAACCCAAGCGAACUGGCGACCCCCUCAAAGUACUCUUCGAAUUGUAUGAAUACAUUGAUAUCCAUAAGAUCGUCACCAAUAAUAUUCAUGCAAUGCUGAAGACAUAUGGUGUGGAAGCCGCGAGAGCGACCAUCUUAAAUGAGGUGAAGGGUGUCUUCGAUGCAUAUGGCAUUGAGGUAAAUGUACGGCACUUGAUGUUGAUUGCAGAUUUGAUGACGUACAAUGGCGACUAUCGUCCCUUGAAUCGAUUGGGAAUGCGUAAGUUCAGCACUUCUCCUUUUUGUGCAAUGUCAUUUGAGACCGCCACAAACAUCAUCACAGAAUCAGCUCUCCAUGGUUUUGUAGACACCAUGGAUUCACCUUCUGCUUGCGUCUCCCUCGGUAAAAUAGUGAAGCUUGGGACAGGCAGCUUUGAUUUGCUGCAAAACAUACAGUUAUAAGUUUAAUGGUUAGAUUCGAUUUAUGCAUUGGAGAAAUGAAUGUUUUGAUUACCACUACCAUGCAGGAGAUGGUGCAGCACUUAACGUACAUGUAAAUAAAGUUUUGGCAUGGCUUGUAUUGUAUUUAUUGGUACAAAAUUUUUCCUUAUAUUUUUCUUUACAAUUUUGACA